AUUAAGUUUACACAGUUUCUACAAAGCGAAAAAAAUAAAAAAAUAAAAAAUAAAAAGUUCUUGACAAUUUCAAUUAACUUUCAUUUCCCCGAUUUUAUGGCCGUAUGAAGCAGGUGAGAUUUAGUAGAGAAAUAAAGGACCGACGCAUAGGACUGAGAGGUGAUUGAUUCACUCCUGCCCCGCCCCGGUCGGGUGGACCAAACCUGUAGCAAGAAUACCGUAUUAAAACCCCGGGAUGCGGCAUUUUGCAAACCAUUUCGACCCGAUGAUAUUCGGGCUUAUUGUCCGAGUCCGUGACCUACUAUGCCAUAUUGCGCGGCCCUCAUAAUUCGCUAUGGGCAGCCGGAAACUAACGACGGACAAGAUGUGGCGCUCCUUCUCAUCCCACAUAUCGUACGAUAAGUUAUCGUCAGCUAUCAUACGACGAUGUCAGUCAUCCGCGCCAGCGCUGACUUAGUAGUCCUACUCGAAUACCUGAUGCAAUAAAAAUGACCCAUCGAUCAAUGGUCUAAUCCUAAACUUGGUUUCAUCUAAACAUGCCCAUACGAGUAAGACGAAGCCGUUGUUGUCUACUAUUAAUAUAUUUCCUCAUUGGCUUUCUCACUGCCAUCUUAUGUAUGGUCUUCUUUCGACCUAAUUCCGGAGUUGUUUUCUACAGAUUAUCUAAAUACCCAUUCACGACAAUGCCGGCCGUAGCAGGGAAGCCCGUAAUUGUCGUUGGCUCCGGCCUUGCGGGCCUGUCCGCUGCUCAUGAAGCGCUUCGGGCGGGUGUCGCUGUCCGCUUGCUUGACCGCGCACCUAGGCCGGGCGGGAAUAGUAUCAAGGCCUCGUCGGGUAUCAACGGCGCAGGUACGAGGUUUCAGCGAGAACUGAAUAUUCUCACAGACGACAGUUUCUACGCAGAUACAGUGCGUUCUGCUGGGAGUAGAUUUGCCGAGAACAACCCUCCGGGCAUAGAUCGUAAGGCUUUAGUCGAGACACUAAUUAGCCAGUCCGAGAGUGCAGUGAACUGGCUUGCGGACGAAUUGAAGGUCGAUUUAAGUGUCGUGGCACAGCUUGGGGGCCACUCAGUCCCGAGAACUCACCGUGGUGGCGGAGAACUACCCCCGGGUGCAGCCAUCGUUUCCGCGCUAUUGAACAAAAUGAAGGCCAACGCCGACUUUACGUUAGAGAACUCCGCAGAAGUGGACGAAUUGCUCACUGAUGAUGGUGGCGCGGUUAAGGGGGUGAGCUAUCAUACGUCCGACGGCCAGAAACACAAGCUUGAAGGCCCGGUCGUCUUCGCAGCGGGCGGAUUUGCUGGUGAUGCACACGGCCUGUUGGCCAAAUAUCGUCCCGACCUAGCGGGCAUGCCGUCCACAAACGAGGAACGACCCGCCUCGCACGACUUGCUCUCCUCAAUCGGAGCCGCACUCGUGGACAUGGACAGCGUACAGAUUCAUCCAACAGGCUUCGUUUUUCCAAAGGGCACGGGUAUUUCGUACAGUGUCGUCCCUCCUAAGAAUGAUGGUCCUUCUCAUAAGCCCGCAGACCCUAAACCCACUAGUACAUCACAACUAUUCUUAGCCGCUGAAGCUCUUCGAGGCGAAGGCGGUAUUCUGCUUUCUAGUUAUGGAGAACGGUUCGUUGACGAGCUAAAUACCCGUGAUAUCGUUAGCAGCGCAAUCAUGGCUCUUCCGCAAUCAACGGACAAGUCGAUGAGACACUGGGAAGUAAUUCUCCUUCUAGAUCCAGGGGCGUGCGAGGCUGCAGCAUCUCACAUUAAGUUUUACCUUUGGAAGGGCCUGGUACAGAAAAUCAAAGUCAAAGACCUCGCGCCGGAAAUCGUCGCGUCGAUAGACAAGUACGCAACCAUGGUCUCAAAACAUCAAGAGGAUCCAUUUGGGAGGAAGUCGUUUGGACGUUGGAAAUUGCCUCCUGGUGAAGCUAAUCGCGAAGAAGAGGUAUGCGUCGGGACAGUGACGCCUGUGGUUCACUUCACGAUGGGUGGAGUGGCGUUUGAUACGAAGUCCAGAGUUCUCCGGUUGGCAGAUGAAGGCAAAUCAGCGCCAAUACCGGGAAUCUGGGCCGCGGGCGAGAUUACUGGAGGCAUCCACGGAGCUAAUAGGCUUGGUGGCUCAUCACUGCUCGAGUGUGCCGUAUUCGGCAGGAUUGCAGGAACUGAAGCUGCGCGAAGUUUAACUGUGACCUAAUAAUAACUUUACAAAAAAUUAAUCUUCUCUGUAAUCAAUUUUAAAAUCGAGAGAAAACUACCUUUAUUCCUUAAAUAUUUAUAAGAUGGUGGGAGUUUGAGGAUCUUAGGUUAAGAAUAGGUUGUUGAGGGUUGUGAAUAAAAACUGAAUAUGAUUUUACUACCUAGGUACCUGUUGGAUUGACUAUGUAUUACGUAAUAAUAUGAAAGGGAAUGCAAAUAACGAUCGUG